AUGCAAAAACCGUCGCAUAAGCAUCGCGAGUUUGACAGUACCUUUUCCGUAGCUCCACUUACGAGCGACAUGCCUUCUCCCGAUUCGAUCGCUUUGCUUCCCUCCAAUCGUUCCUAUUCCACUGAUGUGUGGUACGAUAGAGUAGCUAUUAUUUCGACUCGCGGCUAUACGAACAUUUAUCACAAUGCAGAAUGGAUCGCAAACUUUUAUCACAUUGUCACAAACAUCGAAAAGUUUCCUCUGUUUUCUGCCUUCACUGUCGUCAAUCCUUCCUUCGGAGCCGACGACUAUCGCACUGAUUGGACGAUUUCGUUCUUAACGGGAACGUUAAGCAUGUUUCCGCCUGACAUUCGGCCAUUCUAUGUUCCUUAUUCCACUUUCUUUUAUAAGCACGAUCAUGUCUGGAUUCGGCGUGCUAUUUUCUUCUUUAUUAACACACCGAUGACCGAUCUGUUUAUAUCGAAAGUUGAACCGCUUCUCGUGAAGAAAGCAAUGUAUCGUUACUAUAACAUUUCUGAACUCAUCACAAAGCCAGACAAGCUAAAAUUGCUUUAUAUUGGACGUAAAGGAGAAUGGCGGCAGAUUCUAAACGAGAAAGAAAUGAUAGGAAAUAUCACAACGAAGUGCAAAGAUGUUGUGGAAUUUGAGAAAACAUAUUUCGAUCGAAAAUCUCAUCGUAGUCAGGUCGUUUCUAUGCAAAGCACGGAUAUUUUGCUUGGAUAUCAUGGAGCUGCGUUUGUGAAUAUUAUGUUUAUGAUGCCGCAUUCUGGGUUUAUUGAAUUCUUUUCUCCCAUAGCGAGGCCUCGGUAUUAUGACAUGAUGGCAAUAAAAACACAAUUGGCAUAUCGAUGUUUGACGAGGAAUACAUUUGAUCGAUCCAAGAAACGACCUCGUGAUGGGAGAAACAUAAACAUAUUUGUAGAUGUGAAUAAGCUCUGUUUGAGAGAUACAGGCCAUUGA